UUGAAGGACGGUAUCUGUGUUGGUCUGGUCUUGGGCGUGCGAAGCGAAGAAUUUUCAUUUUCCCAUCAUCGCCUGCAUAAUGUGAAGAGCGAAUUCUCGUAGUAACUGUGAAGUGCGAAUUCUAAGUAUUUCUGGAUUCGAAUAUUCGUCAUUCUCAUCCAAGCAAACCUAACUGAAGCAGGAAGUGAAGGUUACAUUUCUGGGUCAACUUCUGCGGAAUUUGGCGGAUUGUUAGCGAAGUAGAGUAAGGGAAGUGGGUUGAAGUUGUCGUUUGUUAUUCAUAUACGACAGACGAUUGGUGACAAUGAGUGUGGUGGGGUUUGACAUUGGAAAUGAGAACUGUGUCAUUGCUGUAGUGAAGCAACGUGGGAUUGAUGUUUUACUGAAUGAUGAAUCCAAACGCGAAACCCCUUCAGUGGUCUGCUUUGGGGAGAAGCAAAGAUUUAUGGGGUCAGCUGGUGCUGCAUCUGCUAUGAUGAACAUCAAGUCUACAAUAUCUCAAGUGAAGAGGCUGAUAGGGAGAAAAUAUGCAGACCCUGAUGUGCAAAAUGAGCUGAAAAUGCUCCCGGUUGAAACUUCUGAAGGCCAAGAUGGUGGCAUUUUGGUUCACUUGAAAUAUCUCAAGGAGACUCAUACAUUUACACCAGUUCAAAUUUUAGCAAUGCUCCUUGCUCAUUUGAAAACUCUAACUGAAAAGGAUUUGGAAAUGCCAAUUUCAGACUGUGUUAUUGGGAUCCCAUCAUACUUUUCAGACUUGCAGAGACGGGCAUAUCUUGACGCAGCAAGGGUUGCUGGUUUGAAGCCUGUGAGAUUGAUUCAUGAUUGUACUGCAACUGCUCUUGGUUAUGGAAUUUACAAAACAGAUUUUCCUGGAACAGGUCCAACCUAUGUGGCAUUUGUGGACAUUGGUCACUGUGAUACUCAGGUCUCCAUUGCAGCAUUUGAGUCUGGGAAAAUGAAGAUACUUUCCCACGCUUUUGAUAGGGAUUUAGGGGGAAGAGAUUUUGAUGAGGUUCUCUUUAGUCAUUUUGCAGCACAGUUUAAGGAACAGUACAGCAUUGACGUGUACUCUAAUGUCAAGGCAUGUAUCAGGUUGCGCACUGCAUGUGAGAAGUUGAAGAAAGUUUUGAGUGCAAAUAAUGAGGCAGCUUUAAACAUUGAGUGCUUGAUGGAUGAGAAAGAUGUCAAGGGCUUCAUCAAGAGGGAGGAGUUCGAGAAGUUGGCAUCAGGGUUAUUGGAGAAGAUUUGUGUUCCAUGCCAUAAAGCAUUAAUUGAUGCAAGACUAACUGCAGAUAAGAUCGAUUCUGUAGAGCUAGUUGGCUCAGGUUCUAGGGUUCCUGCCAUAGCUAGAUUAUUAACUUCUAAGUUCAGGAGAGAACCCAGCCGAAAAUUGAAUGCAAGUGAAUGUGUGGCUCGUGGCUGUGCUCUUCAGUGUGCAAUGCUAAGUCCUGUUUUCCGUGUUAGAGAAUAUGAGGUCCUGGAUUUAAAUCCAUUCUCCAUUGGACUUUCGUCAGAUGAUGGUCCAAUUAGUGCAGUAUCAAAUGGCAUACUUUUCCCAAAGGGGCAAUCCAUUCCAAGUGUUAAAGUUCUAACAUUUCACCGAAGUAGUUUGUUCCAUUUGGAAGCGUUCUAUGCUAAUCCAAAUGAACUGCCACCGGGGACAUCUCCUAAAAUCAGUUGCUUCACGAUUGGUCCUUUCCAUGGGUCCCAUGGCAGUAAGACAAGGAUUAAAGUUAGAGUUCAACUAAAUCUGCAUGGCAUUGUCACUGUCGAAUCAGCUACAAUGCUUGAAGAUCAGGUAGAUGAUAUAAAGGGUAAUGACCAUUCAAAUAAUGAAUCAAUGGAUGUUGACCCUAUCACUAAUGAGACAGUAGCAAAUGGUGAGGACACUAACAAUAGAAAGGAUGAAUCUUCUCAUAAAUCUGCUGAUUCUGUGAGGAAAGAUAAAACUACCAAAAGACAUGUGCCAGUGAGUGAGAACAUCUAUGGUGGAAUGACCAAGGCUGAGAUCUUGGAAGCUCAUGACAAAGAGCUCCUGUUGACUCAACAGGACAGAGCUGUGGAGCGAACCAAAGAAAAGAAGAAUAGCUUGGAGUCCUAUAUUUACGAGAUGAGGAGUAAGCUCUUUGACACCUACCGGAGCUUUGCGAGUGACCAAGAGAGGGAAGGCAUAUCUAGAAGUCUGCAAGAGACUGAAGAGUGGCUUUAUGAGGAUGGUGAUGAUGAAACUGAGGUGGCUUUCGAAAGACUAGAAGAUGUAAAGAAGCUUGUGGAUCCAAUUGAGAAUCGGUAUAAAGAUGAAGAAGCAAGAGCACAAGCUACAAGAGAUCUGUUGAAGUGCAUUGUGGAUCACCGCAAGUCUGCAGAUUCCCUCCUUCCCCAGGAUAAAGAAUUGAUCAUAAACGAGUGCGAUAAAGCAGAGCAGUGGCUGAGAGAGAAAUUACAGCAACAAGAUUCCUUGCCUAAGGACAAUGACCCAAUUAUAUGGUCAAGUGAUAUUAAAAGCAAGGCGGAGGAUUUGAAACUGUUGUGCCAACAGGUGCUGGGAUCCAAGGGUUCGUCAACAGUUCCAGAGGACAAAGGCAAAGACAAGCCAGAUACUUCCAGUCACCUUUGAUGAAUCUCUUGAUAUUGAUAGGCAAAGACACAAAUUUUCAUUAUACUCCUGACUAAAUUUUCUUUCUUUCUUUUCUGGUUCUUUGUCUUUUUGUUCUGGAAAGUGAAUAGGUUCAAGUAGGUGGAGUGAUUAGGUUAUAUGGAUCAAAUAUUUGUGUGUUCUAAAGGUUGCAACUCAUUUUUGUGUUCUCUCAUUUCUGUUGUUGGCA